AUGGACCGCGAAAUCGACAUGCCCUGCGGCAGCUGGCAAACACAAUGGAUCGAACGCACCUACAACCCUCUGCGAAGCUACAUCCUCCUUGCCUCCUACGCCCUCUCUCUGACCAUAAUAUGCCUGGGUGUCGUUGGCUUCUUCACCAUCCGCCGCAGCACGAAGGAGUUGAUCAAUGAUCCUGCUCACCGGACAAGCAUCUUCACAGCGAUGAACAAGAAGGUCCUUCGCAUCACCAAAGGCCACUUCUUCGUCGCGCAUGUCUAUCUCUUGAAUGUGAUCGUCAUCACCCUGGUUGAUGCUAUUGUCUGCUUUCUCGUGCUCAAGGACGAUGCAGUCUCCGAUCCAUCCGUCUGGAACACGACCGCCGUGCUGGAAGUGGCGAUCUACAGCUUCUACCUGCUAGCCCUGUUCACCGCAGCCUUCACCCUCUUCCCUCUGGCGCAGAUGCUGGUGGUCACCCGCUUCCUCGCCCGCUUCAAGAGGCACCACGAUCUGGACUCAUUCGUCCCGGAAGCCCGCUUCUUCAGCACUCACGUCGCACAGAUCUGGUGCAUGCUCACGUUCUUCGUCGUGGCAUGGUGGGCACCAGCGCAGAGUAACUCUGUCCGCCGCUACGUGGCGGUUCAAGCGUGCUUUGGAUCGGCUCUGGCGUGGCUUGAAGCUAGCUACGCUUUCAACUUCCACUCGGACAAGCUUGAGCAGGACGACCUAGAGGCUGUGAGUGGAGGCGUGAGGGAGGUUUUGGCGAUGUUCAGGAAGACUGUGCGAGCUGUGCAUGCGUCUGAGAAACAUGGACUGCCGAGGUAUCACCCCUCGCCGGAUGCACCAAGCGAGAAGCAAGCGUUGCUGGAGAGGGCUGAGCUGUCGUCAGAACCCGUGCCGCCACAGUAG